UUUGUUCUUGAUUCCACCUUUUCAUACACUAUCUAUCACUCACACUUUCUUUCUCUUUCUCUGUUUGGAGAGAGAGAAGAAAAUGUCCCACACAAAUCAGUAACCCAUUACUGCAAAUCUUCCUUUCUUCCUUCAAUUCUCUCAACCACAAUUUCACAAUGUUUGAUUUCAUCAUUUUCUUCUUCUUUAUUCUCCUGGCUCCUUGUAAAUCUUCUGAAAUUUCUGCAGCUGCUCGGAGAUUGCUUCACCAGCCCUUUUUCCCGUAUGAUUCUGUGCCUCCGGCGGAGCUACCGUCGCUUCCGGUACCCCCACCGCCGGAUCCCAAAUACCCAUUUUCCACUACCCCUCCUGCAACUCCGGAUGGCUCUCCAUUCUUUCCGACGUAUCCAGGAACUCCUCCUCCGCCUACGCCUGCGAGCAUUGCAACGUUUCCGGCGAAUAUUUCUUCUCUGAUUCUCCCUCGUUCGUCUCCGUCUGGUUCCAGUUCUAAGAAGGUUGUUCCAUUGGUUGUUGCUGCGGUUGUUUCUGUUGUUUUGGUUGUUUGCAUUGCUGGGUUUUUGUACUGGCGGCGGCGUAGCCGCCGUGGGUUGGCUGAGGAUAAGACGUUCAGAUCCGAAAGUAGUAGCCGGUUGUGUCCGGUUCCGAGUGUUGAAGUCGGUAAUGGAAUUCCUAAGUUGAGACAUCCUUCUGCUUCUAGCUCUGAGUUUCUGUAUUUGGGUACUCUUGUGAACUCGAGAGGAAUCAACGAUCGUUCCGUUGGGGGAGGUCGUGUGGCUGAUCCUAGGCCGUUGGAUUCGCCGGAGCUUCAUCCGCUUCCGCCGCUGAACUUCGGUCGGUCGAAUGAGAAGCAAAGCGGUGGAAAUGGAGAUGAGAGAUCGAUGGGAGAUGAAGAGGAGGAGGAAUUUUAUUCUCCUAAAGGUUCUCUCGGCGCGAUUGGCUCGGGAUCUCGAAGAGUGCUCGCAACAAUGGCGGCUGAAGAUUUGCUUGGCAAAACCAGCGAUUCGAGCUCCACUUCGUAUUCCACAUCCAGCGGUUCGGUUUCGCCGGCGAGAUCACGUUCUAAGAGUCUUUCUCUAUCUCCACCGGCGAGUUUGAGCCCUAGAAGAUCUGUUCAAAAUGACUCUUCUCAUUUCUCUGUUUCUGCUACUGUAGCGACGGAGCAGCUUUCGCCACCAUUGACGCCGCCUCUUUCCCACGGCGGAGGGGAAUCGGACGAUGGCGGCAAAUCUCACUGCCCUUCUCCAUUGCGUUUAUCGACGGAGAAAGCUCCGGAGAAGAGCUCCACCGCAUCUUCCUCCCGGAGAUUUUCUAAUGCUUCAGUUCACAGUGCGACGUUACCAAUUUCAGCAACCAACAAGGAUUUGGAUAAUCAUGAUGAAACGAACAAUAAUCACGAAGAACAAUCUCCAAGACAAUCACAUAGUUCAGAUCCUGAUCAGUUUCCAUCUUCUCCUUGUUUAUCUCCACUUUCCGAUGGAAUUUUGGGGAGAAUUCAAAUUCAAUCGCCGACAGUUUCAAACGUUCGCGACUCGGAUUCUGAUGCGAAAUUUAAGCAACUUCCUUACUCAUUUACUUCAUCUUCACCUUCAUCAUCACCGGAGCGAGUAGUUCUGGACUCAUCUCCAUCAAGAACAUCCAUUAUUUCCGAUCAAAACAGGUCGUCACCGUCACCACCAUCACCGGAGAGAAUUCUGAUGAGUGAUUCAGAUUCAUCAAGGAGAACUUUCGACCACUUCGAUCAAGAUCUUCAAUCUUCUUCUGCAGACAUCAAUUCUACUGAUGUGGAUCGACUGCAAUCUCCUUCGGGCAUCCCUGCCGCUCCUCCGCCACCGCCACCGCCGCCACCACCACUUGCAGCACCUCCUCCACCUAUACGUUGUGAAAUGCCCAUUUCACCUUCAACACCAGUAGGCCAAUCCAUUCCAAUGGCGCCUCCUCCAUUAGUGCCUCCAUUAAGGCCAUUUAUAAUAGAGACUGUGAAAAAUGUCUCACCAGUUCAGCUGCCUUCCUGCAAUGGUGAAUCAUCUGAAGACACUCCGAAGCCCAAGUUGAAGCCAUUGCAUUGGGACAAAGUGAGGGCGAGCUCCGAUCGCGAGAUGGUGUGGGAUCAGCUCAGAUCAAGCUCUUUUAAAGUGAACGAGGAAAUGAUCGAAACUCUGUUUGUUGUGAACACUUCCAACUCGAAGGAAACAACUCCACGCCCCGUGCUUCCUACACCUAACCAAGAGAUCGGAGUUCUCGAUCCCAAAAAGUCACAGAACAUCGCCAUUGCGCUACGGGCACUUAACGUGACCAUAGAAGAAGUUUGUGAAGCUCUUUUAGAAGGUAAUGCUGAUGCACUUGGAUUGGACCUACUUGAGAGUUUAUUGAAGAUGGCUCCAACAAAAGAAGAAGAACGUAAGCUAAAGGCAUCCAAGGAUGUCUCACCUACCAAGCUUGGCCCUGCUGAGAAAUUUUUGAAGGCAGUUCUUGAUGUUCCUUUUGCGUUUAAAAGGGUGGAUGCGAUGCUUUACAUGGCAAACUUCGAGUCCGAGAUCGAGUACUUAAAGAAGUCGUUUGAAAAUCUCGAGACUGCCUGCGAGGAAUUGAGGAAUAGCAGGAUGUUCUUGAAACUCUUGGAAGCUGUGCUCAAAACGGGGAAUCGCAUGAACGUUGGCACGAAUCGUGGGGAGGCACAAGCCUUCAAACUCGACACACUUCUAAAGCUCGUCGAUGUCAAGGGUGCAGAUGGAAGAACCACUCUCCUACAUUUUGUUGUACAAGAAAUCAUCAGAAGUGAAGGAGCUCGUCUUUGUAGCACGAGUCAACCUCCAAACUCCAACCUGAGCGACGAUGUAAAAUGCAGGAAAAUCGGCCUGCAAGUUGUUUCAGGUCUCAGCUCGGAGCUCGCCAAUGUGAAGAAAGCAGCGUCAAUGGAUUCCGAUGUGCUCAGCGGGGAGGUCAUCAAGCUUUCUAGAGGACUCGACAACAUCAGGGAGGCUAUAUGUUUAAACGAAGCAGCAGGGACAAAUCAAAGCACGGAAAAGUUCUCCGAGUCGAUGAAUAGAUUCUUGAACAUGGCAGAAGUGGAAAUCAUCAGAAUUCAAGCUCAUGAAAGCGUUGCAUUAUCUCUAGUAAAGGAGAUCACAGAGUACUUCCAUGGCAACUCUGCCAAAGAAGAAGCUCAUCCAUUUAGAAUCUUCAUGGUGGUGAGAGAUUUCCUAACGAUCCUGGACGGAGUCUGCAAGGAAGUCGGGAUGGUAAACGAGCGAACGAUCGUGAGUUCGGCACAUAAAUUUCCAGUUCCAGUGAAUCCAACAAUACCACAAGCAUUUCAAGCUCAUCAAAAAGUGCAGAAAUACAGUUCAUCUGAUGAAGAAAGUGGAUAAUAUCUUCAUGGAGGGGUAAAAACUGGAUGAUCAGGUAGCUUUUUAAUUUGUUUUGUCUCUAGAAAUUGUGUGGUUCCACAAUUUCUACUUGUGUAAAUGCCAUUGUAAAAGAUUUUGAACUGAGUUCUUGUAGAAGAUAUAUAUAUA